AUGGUGGUGGUGGGGGCGGGGGUAAACAUAAUCCCCAUCAUAGCCAAGGCCGACACCAUCUCCAAGAGCGAGCUCCACAAGUUCAAGAUCAAGAUCAUGAGUGAGCUGGUCAGCAACGGCGUCCAGAUCUACCAGUUCCCCACGGACGACGAGGCCGUCACGGAGAUCAACUCCUCCAUGAACGCUCACCUUCCCUUUGCCGUGGUGGGCAGCGUUGAGGAGGUCAAAGUGGGGAACAAAACAGUUCGAGCGAGGCAGUACCCCUGGGGGGUUGUACAAGUGGAGAACGAGAGCCACUGUGACUUUGUGAAGCUGCGCGAGAUGCUGAUCAGGGUGAACAUGGAGGACCUGAGGGAGCAGACUCACGCGCGCCACUAUGAGCUCUACAGACGCUGCAAGCUGGAGGAGAUGGGCUUCAAAGACACCGACCCCGACUGUCAGCCUUUCAGUCUUCAGGAGACGUACGAGGCCAAGAGGAAAGAGUUCCUGGGCGACCUGCAACACAAGGAGGAGGAGAUGAGGCAGAUGUUCGUCACCAAAGUCAAGGAGACGGAAGCUGAGCUUAAGGAGAAGGAGAGAGAGCUGCACGACAAGUUUGAGCAGCUGAAGCGCAUGCACCAGGAGGAGAAGAGGAAGGUGGAGGAGAAGCGGCGCGACCUGGAGGAGGAGAUGAACGCCUUCAACCGCAGGAAGGUGGCGGCCGAGACCCUCUCCUUAUCCCAGCCUCUCAAGAAGGACAAGAAAAAGUAA